AUGAAUAUCUUAAAAGCAUUUAAUUUUUAUAUCAUAUUAUUGGUUCCUUACUUUAUAAUAUUUAUUCUUGACUUUCGUUUAUUACGAAAAUCAUUUAAUCAUAUAUUACAAAUAGAUUAUCAUGAAAUGAAAUUAAUAUCACAGAGGAGUCUUGCAGAAAGUAUUCCAUAUGUACGUGAAUUUUAUAGUAAAACUAAAGAUGAUGAUACAUUUUUAGAAAAGGAUAAUUUUAUAAUUAAAUUCCCAUAUUCAGAGUAUCUUUUAUCUCAAGAACUAUUUUUUAAAGUGAAUAGUGAAAAUUAUAGCAUAGAACAAGCUACAAAUGAUAUGGAAAGUAUGCUUGAAAAAAUUAACAGUAGAUUUUAUUUUGAAGGAAUAACUUUACCUCUUCGUGAAAUGUUUAAUAUAUUAAACAGAAUGAUUGAACGUGUUAUGGAACUUCCUAUAGAAUCACGUAUGACUAGGGAAAACCUUUUGCAAAAAAUUUUUGAGUUGGAGAAAUGUGCAACUGAAGAAUUACUGAAAAGUUUAAUUACUAGUGAUGAAGAAGUAAAAUAUAAUAUUAAAGAUAAUAUGGAUAAAAUAUUAGAUUUAGUUCGUAGAAAAUUAAGUUUACAAAAUAUCACAUUAUCAGAUAGUGUUAUCACAAAGAUAGCUACCAGAAUAAGCCAAUCUGUUGAUAGCGCCGUAAUUGUUUAUAAUGAGAAAUUUAAGAAUGCUCCUUGGAAGAAUGAGGAAUAUGUUCAAUUAUAUUCUAAUUUACAUUAUGAAGUCAUGAAGGAUUUACUAGAUAUAAUUUAUAGUAAAGAUUACAGCCAUACAGCAAGAGAUGUUUUCUUUGAUUCUAAACUUAUAAUGCAAACAAUAAAUGGUAUCGCUAAAAAAAACAAUAUUUUAUUGUCAUAUGCUCAACUUAGAAAUAUGUUUAUUAGAGUAAAAGAAUGCAUUAGACUUACCUCUUUAGAAUCAAUAUCAAAAAGUAGAAUUUCGAAUAUGUUGAAAAUUUUUCUCCUUGAGAGUGAUUUAGUUUAUGAAAUCGCAAUGCAGAUUCUUAAUUCCGGUGUGCAGGAAGAUGAUAUAGAAUAUAUUGCUAUGACGAAAGCUAAAACUGAUAAUUUAUUAGAGUCACAAAAUAUUCCAUUACCAGAAGAUGUUGAACAAAUGGCAUAUAGAAUAAAGAUUUAUGUUUCAGAUAUUAUUAGUUAA